AUGUAGUGGCAAUUAAAUGAUUAAAUAGAUUAAGUUUACUUAAUCAUAUUGAAAGGAGUCCCAUUACUAUUUGGUAAAUUAGGUUAAUAAUAUUAUUUUAAGAAAUAUCUUAUUAAAGUAAAGUAUAGUUAUGAAUAGUUUCGAUUUCCAAUUUUGAGCAAAACGUUAGAUUAAAUCUUUAUUAUUAAUUUAAUUGCAAAUAAAGAAAGACUCAGAGGCUAGAAUAGGAACUAUAAUUUAAGUAAUCAGGGAGAUUUAGUAACCAAAAUAAAAUUGAAAUUCUAAUCACAAGAAAUAAAGAAAAUAGCUUAGUAAUCUUUAUUUAUAUAGAUGAUAGUAGAAUAGCAUAGAUAAUCAAAUUUUUCAUAGAUAAUAGAGGACUAAACCAAUUUAUGACAGGAAAGGCAUUUAAUAAAUUGUUUAAAAUAGGGUUAAACAAUAAUUACCUUGUUAGUUGGAUAAAAAAAUAGUUUAUAUUGAUAAUCAACCAAAGGCAAUAUAUAUAGAUAUUCAUUCUAAUGAAAUCAAUCAAGCAUAUUAAUAAAGAAUAUUUUAACAAACAAUUAAUUAUUAAUGA